GAAGUAUGUCUCUUAUUUUGACUGUUUUCCAAUUCCAGUUUUUAUAGAUACCUUUCUCUAUAUUUUUUUUUACAAUUAUAUAUUCUUUGUGAAUGAACGUGAUGGACUUCUCAGCUAGCAGUUAAUCAUAGAGUCAUCCUUGAGUAGAAGAUUUUCUCAAAUAUCUCUGUGUUGUACCCGAUUUGGAAAACUAGAUUAGAAUAUACAUUUUAUUCCUAAUACCAUUCCUAUCCCGAACUCCAAGUUCUUGUAACCUCAAGAACAACAACAAGCUACUGUUACUGUUGCUGUCUACUAUACUAGGACCAGGUAUACAACCUUACUAAUAUUUAUAUACUAACAGUAACAGUAACUACAUCAUAAUAAAGCCAAUAAAUUAGCUACCACGAGAAUAAACAUAGACGACAAAAUGCCGGGUGCUACUGUGACUGAUAGCCGGUCCGUUGUGAAGAUGAAUGGGCCUACUACCUCUACGUCCGAUACGACCAUGCCGCUGGCUGCGAUUCAUUCCCUGCCCUUUGAUGUCGAGGACGCGACGAUGCACUUGGGCUACAAUCCGGUUGAGAAAAUAGCUGGUGUGCCGACUGGAGCCGCGUCCGAAACGGUCUUCAUGGAGAUCACCGGUGACGAUACGCAUUGGGCGCAUGCUGUGCGGUAUAUUAGCAAACAUUUGGAUUACGGUGGAGGUGAAGAUGAUGAAGCAGAACUUCAUCCACAAGCAGCCACAAAGACGCGCUCACUUCGAGUUGCACAGAGUGUGGCGGAAGGAGCGGGACCGUGGCAACAAGCUGAUGAAUUUUUCAUCUUUGGAGGCAAGGGAAAAGGACGACUAUGUUGGCUAUUCUAUAUUCCUUGUUGUAGACAUUAUAGUAGUAGUACUGGAGUGCUGUUCCCAGUUGGAACGACGCGUUGUAGAAGUUCCAUCACGUUGUAGAAGCUACAUUUUGUUGCGAACAUGGAUCGAAAGCAAGAACUAGAACUAGAACAUCAUAGACGAUAAGAAUUUAACAGUUAGAAGUAUAACCUGCUGCACCAUGAUUCGAAUGAAUCAACAUCAAAUGCACUUCGUCUAAUAAUCAUCGGAGGCAGACGCGGGAACAAGAAACAUACGAAGGCGAAGGAUGAACGCCGUGCGCCGAUUCCCAAGAUGGGCUUGGGUUGGCACUCUCUCGCGUUCGAGCCACGUUCCAGUGACAUCAAGCCUGAGGAGGAGCAAAAUUCGGCUGAAGAGGAAGCUUACGGCAAAUGUAAGUACCUUAAUCUAGUAAGAUACAGAUUUAAGGUCGUUCUUCAUGUUCAUCAUGAUGUUCUUGCGUUCGUACCAGGUAAGAUCUCUUGAUGGUAGCAAUAUGAUGAUUUAAGGAAGACUAGACAAGAGAAAGGGAUCGAUGCGGCGCUCUUGAAGGGAUUUGAACAAGAAUGAACAAGCUCUCUAAGAAGCACAAGAGGGGAAAGAUCAUGAACCUUCUGCGAAGAAGCAAAGAGUGUGCAAAGCAGACGAUGAGGCAACUCCCAUGUUGUCCAAGGUACUAGUAUUCUUACUUACUUGUUGUUGUUCUAGACACUGACAUUAUACGACAAUUCUUCUAGACAUACACGAUAAUGUCACAACAAUCACGAACCUUAAAAAAAGCUUCGUUUCUUGCGGAGCAGAAUAAACUUAAAGAACACUACAACUUAAACUACCAUAGAUUCCAGUAACGAUAGUGCGGCAGCGCAUUGGACGGCCGGUUGCAUGUGAGCGCGGCUUUUCCGGCGUCGAUUUCUUCCAGAGCAUGGUUCUAUUCUGCCGUCGUUCGAAGGCCACAGAUGCUUUGCAGAAGGCAGUCCAGAAAGUCGAAGCAGAGAAAGCGAAAUCAAGACAACAGGAACAGGAGUUACGGCUGAUGCUAAUUCAUCCUCACACACAGAGUAUUUACUAGAUGUUUUUUUCACCUGAAAUGGUAGAUAGUCGUAGUUGCUUUUUGGAUCCACCUGAGGUGAUAGGUAGACGCUUACAGUAUGAAGAAUCGCGAGUUCUAAAGCAGUUGUCGGGCUCGGACCAAAAGGAAAAACGGCCAUCCUGCUGCUCUGCUUCUUUCGCCUUGCUCUACCUCUGCAAACUGAUGACGGACGACGUAGAGGAAAAAAAGGAGAAUCAAGUAUCUUUGUUACGGAUGAUGCUUUUUCAUUUUGCAUCUACCAGACCAUUGAGGCCCUCCUUAAUGUUCAGGCUAUACGUUUUGAAGGGGAAAAGAGGGGUAGCCUCGAUCUUGGUCUGCCUAGAUGGAAUAGACGCCAUCCAUUUUUGUGGAGAUUUGAUACCAGAAUGCGUUGCUGGAUGGCACUGCCGAGACGCUGGGCCCGCUCCCUGGAGUCAGUCGUAGUCGAAGAAAAGACCAAGAAGCAGCUUUUAAACGAUCUAGAAUGGUUUGAGCUAGAAGAUACACGAGUCUUCUACAAAGAACACGGUAUUCCGUAUCAUCGCUGUUACUUGUUCUACGGCCCUCCUGGCGCAGGGAAAACGAGCUUGAUCUACGCACUCGCAGGUCACCUCGAACGCAACUUGGCAUUCUUGCAGUUAUGGCAGUAUGAUAGUAGUUGUACGAGGAAGUUCACGUAGGAAGUAGUACGAGGAAGUAAGAUAGUAGUACGAGGAAGUAGUAGAAGCAGGACCUCUUCGUCCAGGAUCCUUGUUGUUUUCUUUCUACGGAUUUGUUCGAAUCCUCCAUUGCUAUGGUUCUUAUUGCUACUUCUACAUCAUCUGCUUUCGCACAUCACACUACAUUAAUAUCAGCUAAGAGAGACAUUUCUAAUACAAGUCUCCCCAGAUUUAACCGACGAUGGUUUUAGACAAUCGAUGGAGACAUUGCCUGCCUACGCGAUGCUGGUGAUGGAAGACGUGGACGCAAUGUUCGAUCACUGUCGCGAGGCCUCCGCCAAACAAAAAUCGAGUUUGUCGUUUAGUGGGUUUCUGUUAUGGAGCAAAUCAAUUAUUUUUCGUCGAGUUCGACCACUUCACUAGUAACUAAGGAAUGGGUACCUAAGAAAUGGGUACUAGGACGUAUGUAGAAAUAUGCUAGAUACAUCACUAAGUUUUCAAUUUUGCCAUUGAUAAUUAUGGUCUGAAACAUUUCAUUUCUAGAAGUCAUUUUUCAGUGUUUCCACCUCAAGAAGGUGGGAAAAUGGAGGCAAGAAAUGAAUUGCUUCAACCUUUAAAUAGAGUGAAAAACUCACUUUCACGACACUUAGAAACUGCUAUCUUCUAAGUUCCAACACGCUUGAUGGUUUGGCUGCACCCGACAAUUUGAUCACAUGUUUAACUACCAACCAUCCGGAAAAGCUCGAUCCCGCAGUCUUGAGACCUGGGCGAAUCGAUAUGAAGAUCGAGUUUCGCGCUGCUGGCAAAGAGGUCGCGAGCAAGUAUUUCAAGACGUUUUACAAGAAGAGUGACUUGAAGACACAAGCUGCCGCUGAGAAAUUCGGGCAGUUUGUUGGGACGCUUCUAUUAAGGCCGCUUCAUAACAUAGAAUCGUAAUCCACCGUACGCAGCCAGCUGCAUCUUGGGUUGUCGGUUUCUUAAGGGAGAAUGGGCACCGAGAUGCCCCACGAGAUGGAUUGCUUCUAGCUCUAAUGUUGGGAGCCAACCGACUGUCGAUGGCGCAACUGCAACACUUCUUUCUCCAGUGCCAUCGGCUGGAGAAGGAUGCUGAGGCAGCGGCAAACUACGUCGCGGAGUUUCGUUUCGACGACAAGCCAGCUAUGAACUCAGCUGCUUCGAGCUCAAAUGGGAUGUACUGCUAGAAAGUGAACCAGAAAAGAGGUGUGCAUCUGCAAGCCGAAUUCUCUCCACGCAUGUGCAAGCCGUGUUGAACUACACGAAUUUUUUCCACGCUAAAGGGGAGAGUUUUUCUGAAAGUAAAACGCACAACACGACGACUUUUUAUCAGACUCAUCUACUUAAGUAGAUCCGUUGAUAUUUCAAUGGCGAUGUGCAAUUUGUAUUUGUUUGGAAGUACUUCUUAUAUCACAGACGUAUUACCAGCCUGAUCUUUUUCUUUCUAUCUCCUUCUCCGAGUUCGAAUAAGGGGCGCUCUUUGUUUUCUUGGCGCUUGAUUAUGGUAUAUUACCAGCCUGUGCCCGAUCUUUUUUUUUCUAUCUCCUUCUCCGAGUUCGAAUAGGGAGCGUUCUUUGUUUUCUUGGCGCUCGAUUAUGGUAUUCAAUUAUAUGACAAGAAAAAGAAAAACUGAUAUUCAUCCAUCAUAGAUCAUUAUGGUAUUCAAUUAUAUGAUAUUCAUCUGCCG